UGGAGGACAGAGCUCUUCGCCAGGUACUUUUUAGGGACUUGUGGAGGUUUAUAAUUUUGGGCAUACAUCCAAGCCCAAAAUUGGCUCCGAAGUGUGGGAAACGCUUCCGAGCUGAGAUGCUACGGCGUGGGGUGUAUGUGAAUGGAGGCUGCUGUGUUACUGUGAAGAGGAGGACGAAGAGGUCCCAACAGGACAUCUUACUGUCGAAAUCCACUCUGUGAGCCGGGAUCCUCGGGGGGCUCUGGUGGAAGCCACAGUUCCAGCGCAUCGGUGACCAGUGUUCGUUCCCGCACCAGGAGCAGUUCUGGAACAGGCCUCUCCAGCCCUCCUCUGGCCACCCAAACUGUUGUGCCUCUACAGCACUGCAAGAUCCCUGAGCUGCCAGUCCAGGCCAGCAUUCUGUUUGAGCUGCAGCUCUUCUUCUGCCAGCUCAUAGCACUCUUCGUCCACUACAUCAACAUCUACAAGACAGUGUGGUGGUAUCCACCUUCCCACCCACCCUCCCACACCUCCCUGAACUUCCAUCUGAUUGACUUCAACUUGCUGAUGGUGACCACCAUCGUUCUGGGCCGCCGCUUCAUUGGGUCCAUCGUGAAGGAGGCUUCUCAGAGGGGGAAGGUCUCCCUCUUUCGCUCCAUCCUGCUGUUCCUCACUCGCUUCACCGUUCUCACGGCAACAGGCUGGAGUCUGUGCCGAUCCCUCAUCCACCUCUUCAGGACCUACUCCUUCCUGAAUCUCCUGUUCCUCUGCUAUCCGUUUGGGAUGUACAUUCCGUUCCUGCAGCUGAAUUGCGACCUCCGCAAGACAAGCCUCUUCAACCACAUGGCCUCCGUGGGGCCCCGGGAGGCGGUCAGCGGCCUGGCGAAGAGCCGGGACUACCUCCUGACACUGCGGGAGACGUGGAAGCAGCACACAAGACAGCUGUAUGGCCCGGACGCCAUGCCCACCCAUGCCUGCUGCCUGUCGCCCAGCCUCAUCCGCAGUGAGGUGGAGUUCCUCAAGAUGGACUUCAACUGGCGCAUGAAGGAAGUGCUCGUCAGCUCCAUGCUGAGUGCCUACUACGUGGCCUUUGUGCCCGUCUGGUUCGUGAAGAACACACAUUACUAUGACAAGCGCUGGUCCUGUGAGCUCUUCCUGCUGGUGUCCAUCAGCACCUCCGUGAUCCUCAUGCAGCACCUGCUGCCUGCCAGCUACUGUGACCUGCUGCACAAGGCCGCCGCCCAUCUGGGCUGUUGGCAGAAGGUGGACCCAGCGCUGUGCUCCAACGUGCUGCAGCACCCGUGGACUGAAGAAUGCAUGUGGCCGCAGGGCGUGCUGGUGAAGCACAGCAAGAACGUCUACAAAGCCGUAGGCCACUACAACGUGGCCAUCCCCUCUGACGUCUCCCACUUCCGCUUCCAUUUCUUUUUCAGCAAACCCCUGCGGAUCCUCAACAUCCUUCUGCUGCUGGAGGGCGCUGUCAUCGUCUACCAGCUGUACUCCCUAAUGUCCUCAGAAAAGUGGCACCAGACCAUCUCGCUGGCCCUCAUCCUCUUCAGCAACUACUACGCCUUCUUCAAGCUGCUUCGGGACCGUCUGGUACUGGGCAAGGCCUACUCAUACUCUGCCAGCCCCCAGAGAGACCUGGACCACCGCUUCUCCUGAGCCCUGGGGUGACCUCGGGGACAGCGUCCAGGCUUCAGCCAGGGGCUCCCUGGCAAGGAGCUGUUGGGUAGGAGUGGGGGGUGGGGGGACAAAAGACAAAAAAAUCCACCAAAGCUUUGUAUUUUUGUUACGUACUGUUUCUUUGAUAAUUGAUGUGAUAAGGAAAAAAGUCCUAUUUUUAUACUCCCAA